AUGGAAUCGAUAAAUGUUGUGAUUGAUGAUGUUAUCAGUGAGGGAGAGGGUGUGAGAAAUUGGAUUGAGCCUAAGAAAGUUGAGAAAGCCCUUAGAGAUGAAUAUUGGGUCAAUACAAUGCAUGAGAAAAUAAAUCAGUUUGAGAGAAAUAAUGUGCGGUAUUUAGUCCUUAAGGCCUCUGCGCGUCUUGAAUCCAUUCAAAUUCUCCUUGCUGUUGCGUAUACCUUAGGUUUCAAGCUUUAUCAAAUGAAUGUCCAAGCUCCUAGAGCUUGGUAUGAUAGACAUACAACAUAUAUCAUAGAACGUAGUUUCUCUAGAGGUGGUGCCAACAGAACUUUGUUUAUAAGAUGUAUUGAAGAAACCAUCGUCAUUGCACAGAUUUAUGUCGAUGACAUAAUUUUUUGCUCUCCCAUUGACUUGCUUGCUCAUGAAUUUGCUAAAUACAUAAAACAAGAAUUUGAAAUGAGCAUGGUUGGGAAACUAAGUUACUUUCUUGGUCUCCAAGUGAAGCAAAUAGAUGAUGGGUUGUUCAUUUCUCAAUCAAAGUACGCUAAAAAUCUUAUCAAUAGAUUUGGUCUAGACAGUAAGAAGCACACUAAGACACCCAUGAACACGAGUGUUAAUAUAGGUUAUGAUCCUAUAGGCAGAAGUGUAGAUCCCACGCUAUACAGGAGUAUGAUAGGUAGUUUACUUUAUCUUACUACUAGCAGACUAGACAUAGCAUUCAGUGUUGGAGUAUAUGCAAGGUUUCAGGUCGAUCCUAAGGAAUCCCACUUAAGUACAGUUAGGCGCAUCGUUAGGUAUGUAAAUGGUACCUUAGAUCAUAGAAUCCUAUACUCAAGGGACUCUAAUCUCGAUCUUGUCAGCUACUCCGAUGCUGAUUGA